CAGUGUCUGUCAUUAGUACUUGGUGGCUCAUUUGCAGAGAGUAACAAUGCCACAUUGACCAUUCAAGGUCCGCUAUUACUAUUAGCAGGUGACUUGAGAGUCACCAUCAAUGCCAGCUCAGUGACCAUCUCGUGGACUGCUCCAUUCUCCCUGAAUGUGACUGGUGUUGAUCCUGAUAUCUGGUACUCUGUCCUCAUCUACAAUGUG